AUGAGCAAUAUUCCCAAACAAGCUGGGUUUAAAAUAUUUGAACCAUUAAUAAAAGACGUUCGAAAAUACGCGGAUAAAAUUGGAGAAUGUUACGAACAUGCCGAACAUAAUAGAAGAAUUUGCAGUGUAUUACUUAAACGUGCUAAUAGCGCUGCAGUCGAAGUGAAAUCUUUACGUCAACUAAAAAAUGAGUACACUUGGUUUUUUGAAAAUAGUGUUAAUUAUCCGAUUUUUCGAGGAUUCGUUAAAGUGAUUGAAAACAUCCAAAACUUUGUCAUUGAUAUUUCGCAGUUGCAAGGUCUUAUUAAAUACUAUAAUGAAUACCGAGGCCCCGGAUUUUCGAUUGAUAGAAAAUUUUAUAGUCUUAUUAGCGAAUUUGAAAAGGCAACAGAAGAACUUACUAUUGCGUUACAAAAUCGCCUCGUUUUUGUUAAACCGAAAGGUCAAAAAUUUGAAGACAAAGAAGCUAUAGAACGGGAUAUGCGUGAUAUGGAAAAAUAUAUUGAAACUAUCGAGGGUGCUACAAGCUUUUACUCCACAGAUCGUCCAACACUUACAUAUAUAUUCACAGAACUAUUUGAUCUUUCUAGAAAAAAUAUUCAACAACCUGCUUCUCGUAUGAUGCCAAACCCAAGGCCAUUAUUUGCCGUUCAAACUAUUCAAGAUGCUAUCAAUAUGCAUAAGAAAGAUGGAAGAGAGGCUGUGAUCUAUUUCGAGAGAUCCGCAGAUAAUGGAAACUCGACUGCUAUGUAUAAUGUUGGAAAAAUGUAUUACAAUGGAAAUGGAGUAAUUCAAAAUAUGGAAAAAGGCGUAUAUUAUUUGAGGUUGGCAGCACUAAAAGGUCAACCGGAAGCUAUCGACAUGUGCAAAAAAUAUCAAAUUCCACUUUAA